AAAAGUUUAGGCAAAACCAGACACGGGAAGAGGUCAACAAUCGCGCCCCAGUUAUUAUUCUCGCGUUGAGGAUGCCAUGCAACGUGUUGUUGAGAAUAAAAAAUGUCUGUUCGCGAAAAAUAUUGAUCAACCACUAAUGAAUUUCAAAAAGCUAAUAGUAUUCCCGAAAGCGUUUCGAUUUUUAUGAAAGUUUGGGAAACAGUUUGUUUCAUUUCUCAGACAAUUGCUGCAAACGUUGCUAUCAUUGUCAUUGCAUUAUAUUUGAUUUUUUUGAGUUUAUGGAGUGAUAGUUGCGGAGAUAUUCCGUUUUACCUGUUGCUAAUUGGAAUCGCAAUGCUCAUUUGCUCACUUUAUUACCCAUUUUAUACAUAUGGAAAAAAGAAAGCUAUUCAAGAUCGUCAGAAUAGAAUCCACAGUCUCUUAGAGCCUAUUUACGAGGGUGAAAUCACAUCGGAAGAAAUUAUUAAAUUUAUUCCGCGUUAUCUGCAUAAUAUCUGUAAUGCUGCAGUUACUGUUCUGUUCGGUAUUUGUGCACCCACUACAUAUUAUACUUUUCAAAUGUUUUUCUCGCGCCAUGAAUGUCCAGCAAUCACUUAUUGGACAUCUUUUGUUAUUAGUGUUUUCGACAUUAUCGUGCUUGUUGCAAUACUUGGUGCAUGUUUCUCUUGUUGUUGCCUUAUAAUAGUUGUUCAUGUAUUUUGCAAAUCUGAUGAAGGGAAUGAAGUGGAUAUCGAAGCUUAAA